AUGAGGCCUAUCAAUCCGUCUAAUAGUCGGUCGCCGCCUUCCACGGCCUCUCCAGCCCUGGUACCCAACGGCGGUCCUUCCAUAGCAGCGCCUCGAUCCAACGGCAACAGCAACGGCAACAGCAACGGCAACAGCAAUAACCAUAGCAGCGGCAGUGGCAGCGGCAGUUCCACCUGGGAUAAGCCCGAACGCGCCCGCACCUCUCAUGCCUGCGAGCCAUGUCGCGAGCGGAAAACAAAGUGUGAUGGUUCACGGCCAGCUUGUCGACGAUGCCUCCAUACAGGCACCACCUGUUACUACGGCUAUGGAAAGGGUUGGAGGAAGCGAAAAACAGCAGAAGAUCUCACGGCUACCUCGCGUCGGUUGGCGCGAUACGAAACCCUGCUGAACCAGAUCUUUCCCCUGGUAUCUCCCGAGAUCCGGGCUCUGAUCGAGGACGCGCGUGACAAUGAAGGUUCAAUUGCUUCCAACGCCUCUGAAGCAGCAGACAAUGACUACGGCUUGCCUCCUCCGAGACUGGAGUCAGGCCUCCCGGGACCUGGCGGUCGAAUCAUCCUGCCACUGCCCAUUCCGAGCCCGCACAUACCCACCGUCUCGCGUUCGUCAACAUCCUCGGGCACCUUUGAUGCAGUCACAGCUCCCCCCAUCGGUCCUCCAUCCCUCCAGGUCGGAAGUGGGAGUUCGACCUCGAGCAUCCCGCCGUCUCAACGACCCUCUCCCGACUCCAACGCACUAACUCGGCUGCCCUCCAUCACUUCGGGAGGCAUCUUGCUUGAGGCUGGUCGACCCGACCAGUCGCCGCCGCCGCUAUUGGCACUGGCGCCAGUCGGUUCUGGGGUUGAACCAACCGCCAUCUUUGCACAAGAUCGUCUGGGAGUUCUCCCGACUUCCCCGUCGCGUCACACCUCCCUUGGAGGUUGGUCCACCGAAUCGCCGUCUGGAGGUUUACAUGCUGACGUCCGGAAAAGAGAUUACGACGCUGCCCCCGUUCUCCCCUGGUUGACAUCAAACCAGGCCGCAGCCGUGCAAACAUGA